GCAAAAAAAAUCCCCAUUGGUCUUAUGAUAUUCCUUUCAUCACAAAUAGAGAAUACUCCCAUGUUUUGCCAGAAGAUUUCUCCCCUAUAAAUACAUCCCAUUUCCCUCUCACCCCUCCACGCCGCACACCACCCCUAAAGACAACAAGAAGCACACAAGAGAUAAAAACAGAGAGAACAGAGCAACAAGAAGCACCCUGCAACUCCUCUGCUACGCAGUGAAACACCAACGGAACCAUGAGGCCCGGAGCCGAGUUCGUCGCCAUGAGCCACCGCGCGGGGGCGCCGACGGCGGCGCCGGGGCACGGGCUGAUCAACGGGACGGUGGCGCCGCACUCGCCGUGGCAGUCGCCGGUGCCGUACCUCUUCGGCGGGCUGGCGGCGAUGCUGGGGCUCAUCGCCUUCGCGCUGCUCAUCCUCGCCUGCUCCUACUGGAAGCUCUCCGGGUACCUCGACGGCGACCGGGAUGGCCAGGCAACGGGCGACGCCGAUGGGGAGAAGGCCUCGGCGUCGGGCGCGGCCAGGCCGGCCAUGGAUUUCCUGGAGCACGUCGUGGUCAUCAUGGCCGGCGACGAGCGGCCCACGUUCCUCGCCAAGCCGGCCGCCAGCCGGGCUGCCGAGGUGGAGCUCGCUACCGCGGCCGCGGCAGGGAGCGCGCUCGCCGGCAGCGAGGAGCAAGAGAAGAGGGUGGACGAGCAGGGCAGCGAGGCGAGCUCGCAUCUCGGCGCCGACUCGGCGAGCCCGAGCCGUGAUCACCACGAUGCGACGAGCCGGAGCCGCGUCCACGAUCAAGACGCGGCGAGCCAGAGCCGCGACCACCACCACCACGAUGACCAUGACCACGAGAGCAGCAGCACGACGGCCCUGCAAGAAAGCUCGUGAUAAAAGCAGCCGCCUUUUGCUCGCUACAGCUUUCCCUUUUCUUGGGCUGCUUUUCUUCCUCCUCCUCCUGCUUCUUCCUCCCGUAGAUUUAGGCUGGGCUGUGUACAUUCUUGGCGUGGAAAUUAAUGGAGAUAUAUAUGCGAGACUUGGAAGUUUUGCCAA